CACCUUUUUUUUCUAAAUGGAUUCUGACGAGUGCGAGGAAGAUGCCAACACCAUUUCAUGUCAAAAUUUAAUUCAGCGCUUCACCAAAAAACGUCAAAAGCCAGAAGAAACUAAGGAUGAAGUUACGGAAACGGUACAAGAUAAACGUCGAAAGAUUACCUUAGCCAACGGUGUUGCCAUCAUAGUGGGAAGUAUCAUAGGUUCAGGGAUAUUUAUCUCUCCUAAAGGAGUAUUGGCCAAUGCUGGAUCGACUGGGGCGGCGUUAGUAGUAUGGGCACUGUCGGGAAUCUUUUCUGCCGGUGGAGCACUUUGUUACGCGGAAUUGGGCACAAUCAUAUCCAGAAGUGGUGGUGAUUACGCCUACAUUUUAGAGGCGUUUGGGUCACUACCCGCUUUUCUCACACUUUGGGUUAUUACACUGAUCAUAAAGCCAGCAUCGCAAGCAGUUGUUGCUCUCACUUUCGCCACCUAUAUGCUACAACCCAUCUUCGGUGACUGUCCCGUACCUUACACGGCAGUUCGUCUCCUUGCUGCCUGUUGUCUCUGCCUUUUGACCGGUAUUAGCUGCGCCAGUGUACGGGGAGCCAUGCGUGUCCAGAACGUUUUCACGGUGGCUAAAUUAAUGGCGUUAUUCAUCGUCAUCGUUCUUGGCUUGGCUGAGCUUUUUGCAGGUAAAACGGAAAAUUUAACCUUCACUCCUUAUUUGGAAGACGCACCCCUUAAUAUUGGCAAACUGUCAUUGGCAUUCUAUUCGGGCUUGUUUGCUUUCGGUGGUUGGAAUUACCUUAACUUCGUGAUCGAUGAGCUCCAAGAUCCAUACAGGAACCUGCCAUUAGCUAUAUUUAUAGCAAUGCCCAUAGUCACGCUGUUCUAUGUUUUGGCCAAUUUGAGCUACUUCGUUGUGAUAUCACCGACUGAAAUCAUCGCCUCUCAUGCUGUGGCCGUGACUUUCGGAUUAAAGCUUUAUAGCUGGUUAAAAUGGGUCAUACCUUUAUUCGUCUCGAUCUCAACUUUCGGCAGUUUGAAUGGGAUCACGUUCACAGCGGCGCGAAUUGUGGCUACCGGAGCUAACGAAGGUCAGUUUCCGGCCGCGUGUGGGUUCCUUCACCAAAAGUUAUUAACACCAAUACCAGCUCUCAUGUGGGAGUGCUUCCUGGCUUUGACACUGCUCCUUUUCCCUGACGUUUUCUCGCUGAUAAACUAUCUGAGCUUCGCAUUGUGGUUGGUAUCCGGCGCAAGUGUGACAGGCCUCUUAUAUCUACGUUGGAAGUUACCUGACAUUGAGAGACCCAUAAAAGUCCCUCUGGUUUUGCCAGUCACCUUUCUUAUUUGUUGCAUAUUUCUCGUGUUGGUUCCCGCUAUCGUAACUCCUCUGGACACAGGAAUAGGAGUGAUCAUCGUCUUGGCUGGUGUUCCUGUUCACUUCUUAAUUCAAAAAAGCUCGUCUUCAAGUACCGUUCAAAAAUAUUCAGAUAAAUUUUCUCGCUUUUGCGUCGCUUUACUCAACGUUUCGCCUGUCAACGUGCAAAAUACUUAAAACUGCAAAAUUCAAAAACUUAAAAAAUUUUAUUAUUAUUUACCGUAAAUUAUGGAUGUUUACUUUGGCCAAUAAACAAACUCCAAUGACGAAA